UCUCUGACGCUCAGUCUUUUUACGUGUUUCAAAAUGGCAGAAGCCAUGGACUCGGUCAGUUGUUCGAUCUGUUUGGAGAUACUAAAAGAUCCAGUGACUAUUCCCUGUGGACACAGCUACUGUAUUGGCUGUAUUAAAGGCUACUGGGAUCAGGAAGAUCAGAAGCUUGUCUGCAGCUGCCCCCAGUGCAGACAGACCUUCAACCCAAGGCCUUUUCUGAACAGAAACACAGUUAUGGCUGAAAUGGUGAAGACACUGACAGAAACAAAUACUAAAAAGAAGAAGAAGAAGAAGAAGACAAAACUCCAAACUGCUCCUCCUGCUCACUGUUAUGCUGGACCUGGAGAUGUUGAGUGUGACGUCUGCACUGGGACAAAAUUAAAAGCUGUCAAGUUCUGUCUGGUGUGUCUGGCCUCUUACUGUGAGACACACCUCCAGCCUCACUAUGAAUCUCCUGCCUUUAAGAAGCACAAGAUGGUCAAGGCCUCCACUCAACUCCAGGAGAAGAUCUGCUCUCAUCAUGACAAACUACUGGAGGUUUACUGCCGGACAGAUCAGCAAUGUAUCUGUCAUCUGUGUAUGUUGGAUCAACAUAAAGGUCAUGAUAUAGUCUCUGCUGCAGCCGAAAUAGCUGAAAAACAAAGGCAGUUGGGGGAGAAAUCUAAGCAGAGAAUCAAGGAGAGAGAGAAGGAGAUGCUGGAGGUGAGACAGGCUGUGAAGUCAUUCAAGCACUCUACACAGGCAGCAGUUGAGAGUAGUGAGAAGAUCUUUAAUGAACUGAUCCGCUCCAUUGAGGGAAGGCGCACAGAGGUGAAGGAGCUUAUCAGAGCCCAGGAGAAGGCUAAUGUGAGUCGGGCUGAAGGACUCCUGAAGCAGCUGGAGCAGGAGGUGGCUGAGCUGAAGAGGAGAGAGGCUGAGCUGGAUCAGCUUUCACACACAGAGGAUCAAAUCCAUUUCCUCCAGAGUUUCCAGUCUCUCUGUGUCCCUCCUGGGUCUGAGGCCUUACCCAGCAUCACUAUCAACCAUCACGUCUCCUUUGAGGAUGUUAUGAACUCUGUCUCUGAGCUGAGAAACCGACUUGAAGAUAUCUGCGCUGGAGAGAUAAUUAUGUUGUCUGUACAAAUGUCAGGACUUCACAUUGUCCCACCUCCUGUGCCCAGGACCAGAGAAGAGUUCUUGAAAUAUUAUUGCCAGCUGACUUUGGAUCCCAACACACCAACUCAACGUUUGUAUCUGUCUGAAGAGAACACAAAGGUGGCAUACAGUCGUGAGCGCCAGAUCAUACGUCCUCACAAUCCAGAAAGAUUUCAGGUGUGGCACCAGGUGCUGUGUAAAGAGGGUCUGUCUGGGGCCUGCUACUGGGAGGUAGAGUGGAGUGGGAUGGUUUCUAUAGCGGUCUCAUAUAAAGGGAUCAAGAGGCACGGUGGAACAGAGUGUUGGUUUGGGAACAAUGAUAAGUCCUGGUGUUUGGUAUGUUAUUCAGGUGGCUGCUCUAUCAGGCACAAUAUGGCACCAUUUGUGUCAUGUUUGGGAUUUAAAAGGGACUUUGAUAAGGACUUUACAAAAGAGAUUCAAAUCCCUGUCGCGCCCUCCUCCAGAGUAGGAGUGUACCUGGACCACAGUGCAGGAACUCUGUCCUUCUACAGCGUCUCUGACACAAUGACCCUCCUUCACAGAUUCCAGACCACAUUUACUGAACCCCUUUAUCCUGGGUUCUAUUGUAAUUGUGAUUCAUCCGUGAAGAUAAUUCCUUUGCCUUAACACUACAUGUGUCCAAUCUUCACAUACUAAAAAAAAAAAAUCAUAAUUUACUGUAAAUCUGAUUACAGAAAUUAGUGUUAUCAACAGGAAUCAAAUUUGAUAACUCAUUUUUAUGUAAAUGUAAAACUUUAAAAGGAAAAUGACAAUGAGUAACAUUUUCUGAUCUGAAAUGCAAAAAGCAACUGUGUUACUUACAGUAACAGCAUGAUGUAUCUCCACUUGAGAUGAGAUGGUGGAGAUCAUUUAUGCAGACCUAAAGUAAAGUCAACCAUGCACGGAAUUAAAUGAUGUAUUGUGUUGUUGAAUUUUGUGGAUUAUUAACGGUUUGAAAUGUUAUGACUUUUUGGUAAAACUCCCUUAUAACCUUUGAGGGCUGGUUAGUGGACAGAAAAGGUAGUCGUCACCUUUAGAGAAGAACAAAUUGCUUUAUCAAACCAGGAGAGGACAGCAGGGAGUCAGAAAGCUGAAUUUAUUGGCUGUCUCUAAAAAUGUUACUAGCUGUCUCAAAUCUCAUUGGAGGAGAAGGUCAGAGAGAAUAACCUCCUGGAUCCUCUCUUCCAAUGUGCUUUGAGAGGAAUUUAGAAAACCAGGAUAGAGGAAGCAAGGGUAUGACAACUAGUAACAUUUUCAGACACAUCCAUUGCAUCUAAUAUCUUUAUUUUUCAAGCAGCAAACAAACUUGAUUUUAUGAGGCAAAUCAUGCUGGAUUUGUUUUGCUGGAUCGCUCUCUCUUUCUGAAAGCUGCCUAUUCCUGUCUUUCACUCAGUGCUCUCGGGCUUUUUAAUUAUUUGAACUAAACCCCCACCAGUGCUUAGGCUUUGAUUGCAAAGCUUUAUAUUUGACUAAAUUAAAAAAAGUGGGGGAAACACUGUCUAGGCAAGAGUGUGUUUUAAGUAGAAACACGCAGAAUACCGUGUGUGUAAAGCUCUCAUUGAGCAAUCACCACCAGGAGAUUGAACUGCACAGCAAAUAAAAAAUCCUCAAUCUUG